GAUUGAAAAAAUAUUGGAUUGACAUUCCUUCUUUUGAGCAAUAUACGGUCGAUGAUGUUUUACAAGUUGCAGAAAAUCUAUUUGACAGAUUAGACGAUUCAGUAAAGACUACUAGUGUUUACAACAAUUAUAUAUUAAUGUAUAGUAAUGCUAUAAGAAUUGAUAAUGCUUAUUCGGUGUAUAACAAUAUGGUAAAAGAAAACAUCAAACCAGAUGUUUAUACUUAUUUAUCAUUGAUAAUUGGAUGUGCGAACCCUCACACCAAUGAAACCUUUUUAAAUAAUAUGUUAAUUGGUAUGGAAGACAUUUAUUCUACCUCCAAUCGGUUUAUUAAGCUUGUUGGGUAUCCAGAAACAUUAAAUAAUGACGAAACCAUAGAAACUAAAGAGAGCAAGCAAUUAUCAUCAAAUUUAAUAAUUAAAGUGUUAGAUGCAACAACCGAAGAUCCCUUCACACUAGAAUCUUUUGAUACCUUGAUUCAACAACAUGCUGAAAAAAACAAAGAUUUUAUUUUAGCAAAAGUUGCAACUGCUGACCCAGUAGAUGACUCUAAAUUUUAUUAUUCAUACUAUUCCGCUCAUCAUAUAAAUAAAAUAUUAUUUAGAACACAACCUGAGCAAGGAUUAUUACAUAGAAUGAAAGCAAAAAAUGUAUGUAUAACUGCCACUUCUGCUCUUGACAAUAUAGAAAAUGAUUUCUCGAUAGCAAUCGAUAUUAAUAAUGGAUUUAAUUCACCCACAAGAGAAAAAGUUGAUUCAAAAAUGGGCCGAGAGUCAAGAAGAUGGUCUAUUGGUGGUAAUAUACAAUCUCCAUUAAAAACAUUUCAACCUCAACAAUCUCGGAUAAAAAAACACAAUUCAUUAUCAUCUUUUAACCCUGAAAAUUUGAACAAAAUUCAAUCAAUAAAUGAUUAUGAUUAUAACAAAGAACAAUCAAAUAAUGAUAAUUCAAUAUCUUCAUCUUCUACUGACGAAUUUACCAAUAAUAAUACAAUGACUUCUUCAAUGCCUAAGGAUGAUGAUCCUGAAAAAAAUCAAAUGAUUUUUUACGAAGCAUUGUUUUAUGCAACUGAUGAUGAUUUCUUAACACGUUCGUCAGUACGUCAAUACUUUAAAUCAAAUGCAUUAGAUUAUAUGGAUGCUCAACUUUUUACUAUCAAUGCUGUGCCGCAAAGUCCUCAUGCCACCAAUGCAUUAAAUUCCACCCCCCCUAGUGCUCAAUUGGAACGUAUAAUGACGGAUAAUAACAAUGAUAAUAAUGGCUAUCUAAUGGAUCCAUUUAUUACAAAUUCAAGAAGAGGUUCAGCUUCACAAGAAGUCACUGGGUCAUGGUGGUCAAGACCUUUACACGGUUUGUGGUCAGCGAAACUUAUGCUUAUCUUAUGGCAUUUCUCUUAA